GGGAGUGAACAGGGUGAUUCAUGUAAAAGUCAGAAGGGUUUUUUGGCUCAUACUGAAGGAUUUCAUGACACAGCGAUACUGGGGGUUGUUUACAUGCAGCAGAGUACCAGAGUAGUAUUUGAAUCUCCUGCAUGCAAAAAUGCUGUGGGGCACAAAUAUCUCACAGUUCUCAGCUCCAGGAACAGAUGCAUAGAGUUACCCAAUUUGGGGGUACAUCCACUCUGCAGAAAGAAAAAGAAGGAAGAAGAGAGGUAAAGUGAAAAUGACAUUAAUUUUGUAUUAAGUCUAAACAAUUCCUCAAAGACUUUCAGCAGCAGGGGUUGUUUCCUGGCUUUAUUAUACAGUGAUUAAUAUUCAGUAAAUUAAGCCUGAAGGGCUCCUCAGUCUCUCAAGUGUCACAGGAGGACUGGAGGUAAAAUGAAGUGACAAACAUACUGAUCUUUGCUUAUUGCUUGUAAGCACAUCACACUUAUCCUAACACGGUAGCACAUAGACUUGUAACAGCCAUUACCCAUUCUUAGGACACAAAGAAACGAACCCAGGUUUCCCAGCUGCCAUUCCAACUAUGCACUAGAAAAGGGAAUGAGCCAAAGAAACCUCCUCGACUAAUGGGAAGUCUGGGUAGAAGGUUCACGUACCAGAGUAUGAUGUUUUGCUCCUGGACUAGCUCUGGCCUGAAAGCAAUCCAGGCAAAGUCACAUGCAACAAUUUCUUCCUUUUAGCAAGAGUGAUUAACAGGGCACAGCACCAUGCCAUUAAACUAAGGCUGCUGUUGCCUCCAACUUGUCACCCUGAGGACGUGCACCACGCUCCCUUAGGCUUUGAGCACUAGGAACAAGAUGGAGAAACUUAUCUGGUAUUUCUAGGUCUGCUGGCAGAAUGACAGGAAUGUGACCUGAACUUUCAGUUUUAUUUCAUAUGGCUUUACUGCACACAGCUCAAGGUCUCACCAGCUGUUAAUUUGGGAAAAAGGGUGAACACCAGGUAGCACAGAAUACUACCCCGAGUGCUGUGUCUCACUAGGGGCUUUGACAGCCUCUGCCAAUCCCAGGCUGCUGGAGAUCCAGGCUCCCCUGGUACAGGGCAGAAGGCGUUCCCAGAGUUUUAUCUUAAGAGUAGAAAAGUUGAGCACAGUGACUUACACUCCAGCAACUAGGCAAACACAUAUAGACCAUUAAAUGUUAAUUUCCCUGUCUCUAGUCAGCUGCUGCUUUUGAACCCUCUGUCACAUUUUCUGUCAAGAGGAGGUAACAACCCUUAUAUUGUCAGUGUAAAGAACAUGAAAUGUGGAAGGGAAGUGUUCUGCUCCUUUAUGCGCAGUGUAUUCACAAAUAAUCUGGUUUUGUUUCACAAGCAAUGGAAGCCUUUUGGAUUAUCAUAAUCCACUAUAAAAUACAUAAAAUCUUUGACAAUGUCUCACUGCACCCACAAAAGUAUUAGAGGUCCUUGUGACCCCCAAAUGUGUCCCCAUAUUUUACAUUUCCAAAUGCCCAUGGGGAAGUAUUGGGUAUGACUAAACAAACUGCCUCUAGUGGAAUACUCCUUUGAAGAGUAACAGGGAACAAGCAGCAAUUCUCAUCAUGGUACAACAGGAAUUUUCAGCUCAUUAAGAAGUUUUACUCCCAGUUAGGAUCAUGCUACCCAGGAAAUAAAAGUUAGAACAAGCUUGAGACACAUCCCUCAACACAAAACCAGCACAGAGAAGAAGAGAGAACAGAAGUAUUUCCUGUCCAUACCACAGUCUGCUUUCUCUGUCAUCCAAGAAAGGACAUAUUCAAAUGACAAAGCUUACUAUGGAAUGGACCCUUAGAUUGUAAACAAUUGCAAAGAACAGAGAAAAGUCAACAAUGGGAUAUUUUUGUUUGUUUUAGCAGUUCUGUAAGACUCUGAUCACAUUUUUAAAUACUUUUGAAAGGUGGCAAGGGGGAAAUAUGAAAAAGUCAUUUCAAAAUAACGUAAAACAAAGGAGAAUAAGAUAUUGAAAUAAUUGAGGCAAAAUGCCAGAUGAAUGUGGAGAAAUUUCAACCGUUGUUGGAUGAUAGGCUAGCAGGGCCAUAUGUGGAUUACUGGAAACACAGUUUUAAUAGCAAUGCCGUAGAAAUAGAAAAAGAAUGACCAAUAAGUUUCAGCAAGAAUGAGUUAUGAUGUGCUUUUGGAGUGGUCACUGUUUCGUGUCACAGUGCUGCUUUUUCUUUUGAGUAUUUUUUUAUCCCUUUUUAAAAUAUUUCUCCUGAUCCAUAGAGUUGAUGAAAUUUGUGUAAGACUGAAUUUCAGUUAAAAAUCAAGUGCUAAUCUAUUGAAUUGCCACACUGAUAAUAAAAAGCCCAUGAAAAACAUUGAUAAUUUGCACUCAUUCACAUUGAAUCCCACCAGUUUUAAAAGUUGUACAUACAAGAAAGACUAUUUUACAGUUCUGCUAUCAUACACAAAAGAAUUUAAGGAGAAAGAGACAAAAAUAAUAUUGGCCAAUUCCCAUGUAAAUACAAAGUUAUUAGCUCACAUUUCUGUGUCUCUUGUAUGUCCAUCUGAACUCAGAAAUAUUUUUCCAGUAGUAGACUAGUAUGGAUAGAUAGAUAGAUAGAUAGAUAGAUAGAUAGAUAGAUAGAUAGAUAGAUAGAUAGACAGAUUAUAAAGAAACUCAAGCUAAGGCAUGUUUAUAGUGCAUUUUUAUAAUUAGAGAGUGGUAAAUGGGUUUUAGCCUGCCUUGGGAGAACACAUAAUGUUCAUGAAUCCAUUGGUUCUGCUCUACAACUCUAACAGGCAUCACAAAGGCUAAUGAUUCACCAGUUUAAUGUGAAUGCAUUGUGACUGCAACAUGGGGCAACAAGUUUCUCUAGUUGCUCUCCUGCCCUUAGCAUAUAUUUAUGCACCAGUCCCAGGUGGUUCACAAACACAAAUAGUAACACAUUACUGCAGAGCAUUUUUUUCUAUUAUCUCAGCUAUUUAAGGAGAAGGUGAACACAAUUAUAUGCAUGUCACAUUCUGAAUAGCCACGAGCAGUAACAGAAAUCUAAAGCAGUUCUAUGAGAGAGAAAAUGAAUGGGUCAUUGAAUAGACCCUACUAAUUUAACCACCUGUAGAACAAAUAGCAUCCAGAAUAGGAGAAUCAACAUGUAUGCCCUGUGAUGCAAAGUACUGGGGGUACCUGUGAGUGAAUAGACUGACAGUUUCAGGACUGACAGAGCAGGGUACUACCAGGUAAGCGGAAUGAUUGCAGAGCCUUAAAAUCGGAGAUAAGAGAGGUGUUGCAUAUGCAUAUAUGUGUAUAUAUCUUGCAUUCAUACACAUAUAACUACACUUGUACACUCUGGAUGUUGAUCAUAUGGCUAUAGUCAAUAGAUAAUGUGAGUGCAGAAGCAGAAAAGGUAGUGGAGGAGGGAGACGAAGCUGAACUCCAUUUAAACAGGUCAAUAACAUGACCUUCAACCCACCCCCCUCAGGGUAGAGGCGGGGAGAGGAAUAAUUGGAAAUGAACAAACUCAGAGACCCUUUCUGCUCUCAGAAGGGAAGGGUCAGGUGUGCAGAGAUCUCAUUAUGCCCUUCACUGAACUACUACAACAUCUAAAGUAAGAACUUGUAGCCACCACUUUUCUCCUGAUCUGACUGGAAAGCUUUAGAGAUCCCUUCAAAAAAGGGAGAGAAGCAGGACAAGAAAACAACAGAAGGAGACAGGCAGAAACAAACAGAAAUUGCCAAAGAGGGAAAGAGAGAAAGCAAAAACCUGAAGGCCAGAGAAUAGGCCCAGAGGAGGUCACAAAGAGGAAGAAGAGUCUAGAUUCAACACACAACAAGGAAUCUGCUCCUUCUCCUGGUCAGUGGAUUGGUGAGGAUGAACUGAAACUAGAAAGGACACUAAGUCAUCAAGUAGCUUGAGACACCAAGAGGCCACAGAACCACGCAACUGGGAUUCAUAGCUGAGUCAUGAUCUGCUUUGUUUUAGGGUGUUUCUUACGGCUCCCCCAGGUGAGGGGUGAGGAAGGUUGUCUCAACACUGAACUCUGCUCAGGUACAGAGUGGGACCGCUUGUGGUAUAUCUGGGUGGUGGUGGUGAUCGGUGGGCUGCUGCUCCUGUGUGGCUUGGUUUCCAUUUGUGUGAGAUGCUGUUUUCAUUGCCGUCAGACAGCGGAGGGAUCGGGACCUCAGCCCUACGAGGUCACCGUCAUUGCUUUUGAUCAUGACAGCACCCUCCAGAGCACCAUUACCUCUCUCCAUUCCGUAUUUGGGCCUGCUGCCAGGAGGAUAUUAGCAGUGGCACACUCCCACAACGUUUUGCAGGGAACAGCAACACUCUCAACAUCAGACACUCCUCCGGUCUAUGAAGAAGCUCUGCGCACAAGCCGAUUCACAGUCGCCAAGGCAGGGCAGAAAGUGACAGACCUGGACCCAGUGCCGGAGGAAAACCUGCAGGCGUCUGCUGAGGGCAAGGAUGCCCAGCCAGACCUCCCAGGACACUAGUGCUGUUUUUUGCUGAAUGACAAAUACAGAACAGUUACAUGCAGAGACUAAUUCUGAGCAGGGUUAGGAAUACCAGAUUAACCUGCUUAGUGUAAUGAGAAAAGGGAAAAAAAAAAAAGAGACUAAGUUAGUUUCAGAUCCAGCAUAUUUUGACACUUCCUUGAGAUAAUUAACAAUUGGUCUUUCCCAUGUCCAUUUAUUACACACACACACACAUCACUAAUAUCACCCUUUGCACAAAAAAGUAGGCAGCAGGAUCAAGGUGCUGAGCCACUUUGCAAGCCAGUGACCUGCAGUGAGAUUACACAAUCUUCAUGCAAACAAAAGAUAGCAUACAUUUGGUAGCAUGUGCAGUAUAGUGCCCUAAAUUCACUACAAGAUAUAUAGAAUGAAUACAGACUGGUUCUGAAUAUAAUAUGUAGCAAUUCUGAAUUAGCAGUUACAAGGUCAUAUAUUUUAAUUUAAAAAUAUAUGUGUGAUAAGAGAUCAAACAAGGGGAGAAGGAAUACUAGCCGUGAAGUAAAGUUCAGUUGUAUCUUAGUUACAUUCAUAUUGUGUCAUUUAUUAUUCUUAAUGUCACUGUCAAAAGCAGAUUAAAUUAAAUAAGACCAUUUAAAAUUUUUAAGCCAUUUCUCAUAUAGAAAUAGUUUGUAAGUCUUUCCUGAUUGGUAUAAGUACUUUGAAUCAUCCAGAAAUAUUAACCAAACUGUUUGGAUGAACACAGCUAUGGACCGUCUGUAAAAUAUUUUCUUGGACUAAAUACUCAUGAGAAGGUGACUGUUGAGUGACAUCAGUAUUGUCUCUAACCCAGGUUCAGCAACUGAAAACAUUAAAGCAGAAAGACAUCCAAUAUAAAAAAUUUAAGCAGUCAUGAAUGAAUUGCAUGUAUGUGUUAACGUUGAUGUGAAUGCACAGGUCACCGAUAUCACAUGUUUCUGAAGUGCCUGCAUGGCCCUUCCUACUGCAGUACCCAAAUUCUCAGUGCCCUUAGUAGACUGAUCUUCACAAUGCUCCUGUGGAAAUACUGAAAAUAUGGUUGUUCUGUGGAUAAGGGGAACAAGGACCAAGUCCCCAGAUACGUUAAGGAACGUAUCUGCUGUUGAGAUUACAGCCAUGGGAAAUUUUAAAGACUGAUAAGACAGGUUUGGGGAUAGCGUAAAGCAGAAGUGAAUAAAAAAAAAAUACCUUUGAUGGUGUCCCAGACCUUGUCCAGUCACAGGAAUUUUGUAUCCAAGGGAAUUUAAUGAGGGUCUUUAUUUCCUAGUUCACAAGCUUCUUCCUGAAUUGCCAAUGGUACCUAACUGUACCAUUAAUGAGUGAAUAAACUGGAAUGGAAUAAAUAAAUAAGUGACAUAUGAGGUUAUGUGUCUUCUGCUACACAGCACACUUGAAAUAAUAAUAACAGCUGUUUGUAGAACAUCUACUAGAGACCUAUUUCAUCAGGUGAUCUCUGAAGUCUAGUUCAAGCCUGACUUCUCCACCAAGCUGCAGAACAUUUCCUAGAAGGCUCUUGUCUAUACCACAGUAAAAGCCCAAAGCAAGCAGAGACAUUUGGGUUUGUUGAACAUGCAUCAAACACUGUCAAGCCCCUAAAUUUCCUGGAAGACUUCACAGUCGUUUCAGUGGGAACAUACCAUUCCCCUGCCACCUCCACCCCUCUCCUCCUGCCAUCGAGUCCCAAGCUGUGCAUACUUGUCACACAAGAGGGCAGCCCUGCCCCACAGGAAUACAUCAUUGUUAAUAAUUUGCAAUAAUAAUCACACCGUGUUCUUUUUUUUCCUAAGACACAAUAAAAAAGGAAGUUUUAACAUUCUUAGUUUCCCCUCCUCUGCAUCAAGUCAUCUCUGCUACUUCUUCUCUCAGUUUCAAGGGGAAAAGUUACAGGUCACUUGUACGCAGAGCUGGGUAUUACGUGCUGAUUUCAGCGUAUUUCCCUUGACCAGAGCCUGUAUUGUUUAUCACUCCUGUUCCUUCCUGUCUCCUCACAUGCUUCUUUGCUUCUCUGUCUCUUAGUUGUUAGGUGCUAGAGCAGGUACCCUCAAGUAUUUUUUUUUUUACUGGCAAGACAUCCAAAAUAUUUCAAGUGACAAUAAUUAUAGGUAUAACUUCACUUGCUCAGGUAUUGUUUCAUACUAAACUGACUUCAGAUGAGCACUUGGAACCCACAGGACAUGAUAAAGCACCAGAUUAAAAUGAGCAAAUAAACAGAAACCUGUCUGUAAAGCUACAGACACUCUAUUUAACCCUAGAAGGCUGUGUAGAAAAGCAAAGACCAGGUGUCAGUACUGGAAACACUUCACUCUCGCCCUCAGAUCUGUUAUGAUUCAAAGACAUUCU